AUGGCACCAAAUGUCGUAUUUGGGAUGGAGCUCGAUACGCCCAUGACGGGUCUCGAUCCCGGUGGUGAUGUUCAGUUCAAGCCCGCGGCUUGCACGGUUGCAGAGAUUAUACGAUACCCCGAUGGUAAAUGCAGCGACUACACGCACAAGAUGCUCCAACCUGGCCAGCUCGAGGAGUGGGUUGAAGAAAAGGGCGAAUUUGCCAGCGAUACCAAAUACUGUGGGCGAGUGAGAUGGAUAUUCGCAUGUACAGCGCCCACAGCGCUCGACUCGGAGGGAAACUAUGCCUCGUCGAGCGAAACGUUAGAGCUCGCCAUGAGCCAAGAAACGUUCACCUCGCUGGCGCAGCGAUACCAGUUCUCCGGCUGCCUAGAUGCCUGGCGGUAUCGCGCGACAUCGGGCAGUGCCUCGCGAAAGAUCGAGUAUGACGAUGCUGGCGAAGUCACAUCCAGUAUCUUCACCCUCUCAUUGCGCCUCUCCGGCAGCUUCGCCUCCAUACUUUCCAUAAAGCACACCUUCAUAACGAACACAUCCACAAUCCUCGCCCUCCGCGUCUCCCCCUACGACCAGCGCCUCCUCCAACGCACGCUCGAACAGCACAGCAACCUAAUCGGACACGCCCUGCUAAUCCCCACGAUCCUAAUCGAACUCAGCCUUGCUAGCAACAUGCUCUUCAUGCAGAAGAUCCGGCAUGAGCUCAGCGUCGUCGAAAAGGCAACGGGCCAGCAUGCCUGGUUGCAGAUCCCGGCGGCUGAUGCGCCCGCGCAUGAUAGUGAGCUUUCGAGGUUGGGGCAUGCGGCCAAGAUUGAUGUUUUGGUUUCGUAUAGGAGGAUUGAAGCUCUUAGUUGUUUCUUGGAGCUGGUCAAGGAGAGUGCAAGGCAGUUUGAGGAGGUAAUCGGGAAGGCUUUUGUGGGGAGUAGUAGUAGGGGGCCGAGAGAUGCGUAUAUCCAGUGGGUUGGCGAUUUGGAGCAGUUGGUGAAGUUCAGGAUGGUCGAUUUGAAGUAUAGCGAGAGGAGGGUGGAUAAUCAGCUCACGGCGAUAUACGGCCUCCUCGCGCAACGCGACAACAUGGUCGGCGUCUCCGUCGCCAUCGAGUCGAAGAAGAUCUCCGAAGCCUCAAAGCGCGAUGGCUCAGCGCUGAAAUCUCUGACCGUCCUAACGGCCGUCUUCUUCCCGGCUACAUACAUCGCCACCCUCUUCUCCCUCCCAACCUUCGACAACACACCCUUCUGGCUCUACUGGGUGGUUGUGGUCCCGCUGACGCUGAUAAUCUUUGGGUCCUGGUCGUGCUGGACGGUCUAUCGGCAGCGACAGAUUGCGCGGGAGACGAUUCGUCGGGAUCUUGAUGAGGAUGUCGAGCUGGAUCCGGAACGGGCGGUUCUGUCUUCGAACCUGCAACACCGGUCGGGAAUGGGUUCUACGGGGAGUACGUCUUUUCUAGCGAGUACGGUGCGGCAGAUUCGGUCGCAUACAAGGGGUCUGAAUUCUCACGGUGGAGGGGCGGAUGGAGGUGUGAAUGUGGUGAAGAUUAGUGAGUUGGUGGGGAGAAAGAAGGGGAGCUAG